GGCAACAGCCGCGUACCCCGGCUCCGCGGCCCAGCGCCAUGGCGACGGCGCGGCCCGCCCUGCCCCGCCGGAGGCGGCAGCGGCUGGACCCACCAGAUCAUUUGGAACAAAAUAUCAUUCUAGAUGGAAAUUUUCUUCCAAUUCAAGUUGAUCUUCAUCAGGUACUUGUAUUGCCAAAAGCAGAAUGGGAAAGGAUUCAGGACUGUCUUGGCAGCACAGCUAAAGAAGCAGCACGCAUCCUUGCUGAGAACAAAGCGCGGGAAGAAAUGCGCCUACGCUCCAGAGCUGCUAUCAAAGACUGGCCCAACACCAUUAUGGGCCUGACACAGCAAAAACUUAAAGCCAAACAAUUACGUGAAGAAAGAGAAGAGGAAGAAAGAAAGUUAAUUGAUUUGGAAGAAGCAAAGUUCCAAGCAGCAAGACGGAAGGAGACUAUUGACCGUGCAAAAACCUACCUAUUCUAUCAGAAUGAAAGAGUGAAAGCAUUUAAUAAUGCAUUUCUACUUGCUGAGGUCCUAAAAGAAAGAGAUGCCCAAGUUGAAUUUAAAAAGUUAAAGUCAGAUGCUAUGAAAAAGAAGGAGAAAGAAAUGGCACAUGAAGAUAAAGAAGCUGUUGCCAGAGAACAAGAAAAGGCACGUCAGCAUUAUAUGAAUGAACAAGCACUACGCAGAGAUCAGCUGGAACAAAUAAAGGAGCACAAGCAUCAGGCAGAUCUGGCCAAGCUAGAGGACAAAAGAGAAGGGGAACAAAUGCAGAGGUUGAACCAGUUGUACCAAUUGGAAAUUCAGAGAGGAAAAGAAAAGGAACAGGAGGAAAAAGCUGAACACCAGAGGCUGUAUCAUGAGCAUUUAGCUGACCAGAAAAUAAUCAAAGCAAUAGAGGAACAAAAACAAAUGGAAGAAGAUGAUCGGAUUAAAGCUUAUUUUAAAGCAAAAGAAACCAUUGGCAAGAUGGUAAAGAAGAAAAAAGCAGAAAUACGUAGGCUACAGCAAGCACGUCAGGACAAAGUCGUUAGCCAAAUCACUUCACAAAUGAGUGAGGCUUUAAAAAGGGAAAGUGAGAAUCUUGCUAGAGCCAUCGCAAAAAAAGAAGCUGAACAUGAACAAAAAUGCAAAGAGAAAGAAGCAAAAGAAAAAGCAGCCAUUAAAGCUAUUGCUGAGCACAGAGCCACUGUGAUCAAGAUGAAAGUGAAAAGGGAGCAAGAGGAAAAAGAACAGGCUAAAAAAGAACUUAAUGAGCUAAUGGAAAAGUACCGCAUCUACCUGGAAAAGGAAAAAACUAAAAAACAAAGACAACAUGCGGCAUGCAUGGAAGUACAGAAAUUUCUGAUCCAGCAAAUGGCUGAAAAGCAGGCAAAAAAACAGCAGGAAAAGCAAGCUGAUCUGGACUACAGUGCUCAGAGAGAAGCUGCUUUUCAUAAGGAUUGAGCAUUUCAGCGCUAGCAACAUUUCUUGUUAGAAAUACAUCUGACAACUACGGAAGUGCCUACUAAGGAAUAAGAAGCUAUCCACUCUCUACUUACAAGUUAUCUGUGCCUGCAAAACCUAUCGGUGCCCAACAGCUGAAGCUACCUCUGGAGGAAGUUAGCAGGCAUGCUAUUUGCUAGAAUCUGCCCACUUAGCUUCAGCCCAAGAAACAAGUAGCAUAGCUACAGCCAUGCCUUGCAACUCUGUCUGCAGUGACUCUAGUUUAUUAUGGAACAAAGCAGAUUAACUUUCCACCAAGCCAAGAGGUUAACACCCAAAGGUAAACUAUUAGUUCCUCUGUACUGUACUCCGUGAGAGUUGCUGGGCCCUCAGGCUGAAUUCAAACUUUGUUUUGGCUUUAAAAAUUCCUUACUGAGCACAUAAUAAAAUUGAGUAAGCUGUUUUAAAA